GAAACCUACACACCAUUUUCCUGAAGGACAACGACUGAUUCCCCCAGAGGAAGCUUAAAGGUCCUGUGUAGAAUCCUACAACAGCGUGUUUUCCUAUCAGAGGGCUGUGUUGCUAUAAUGGCUAGUACUACAAUCACCGUGCAGCCAGGGGCGAUGAUACCGGCUCAUGCCAAGCUUAACACAUGGAGCAGUGGCUUGUGUGACUGCUGUGAGGACAUGAGCAUCUGCUGUUUUGGUUUCUGGUGCCCCUGGUGUUUGAUGUGUACUACAAGCCAAGAGUUUGGAGAAUGCCUUUGUCUCCCUCUGCUGGAUCUGUGCUUCGGGGCCCUCAUACCACCUGCCGCGUAUGCUGUAAGAAGUGCCAUGAGAGAGAGAUAUCGCAUCCAGGGCACAAUGUGUGAUGAUUGUUGCGUGGUGACCUGUUGUGGAGUCUGCUCAUGGUGUCAGAUGGCCAGAGAGCUGAAGUUUCGCAGGCAGCCCCAGGUGUUUGUGAACCCGCCGGUGAACGUGACCUACCAAGCACCGGCGAGCACAUCCUACCAGCCAGUGGGGAAUCCGUCCUACCAGCCACCCCCGAUUAAUCCGGCCUACCAGUCGCUGCAGCCUCAGAACCCUCCUGUGUACGCCCAGCCUCACAAGUCACCUGAUCCUCAGGGCGCGGGACUGUAUCCGGCUGUAUAAGUUACAUAUAAUCUACAGAAAUCUAUAAUGUCACAGUCUAUUUUAUGUAGAAUCUCUUUUUAUGUUUUUUCAUCAUUUCAAUUGCACUUCAAUAUGUACGUUUGAAAGAAUCAAUAUUAACCAAUGUACAAAGUCUAUUUUUAUGUGAAAACUUUUUUUUCCCUUGGAGGCAUAAUUAAAAUGUAAUACUAUACAAUAA